GGGCGUGCCCUCCUGGCGCCGCUGAGCCUUUUAAAGGGGCCGUAAAAGAUUGAGUGGGGCUGGAACCUGAGCCCGGUUUGUAACCGGGGCCUUCCACCGGUCCGCCCCGUUUCCCGCUGCAGAGGAAGCGGCGAGGCCGCCGCUCCCGGCGGAUGUCCGGCCGCGGCCAUGGCGCUGGCAGAAGCGGGAGCCCGCGGGCGGCUCCUGCGCUGGCCCCGCGUCCUGCUCUUCGGAGACUCCAUCACUGAGUACUCCUUCCAGGAACAUGGCUGGGGGGCAUACCUUGCUGAGAGACUGGUCAGAAAAUGUGAUGUUGUGAACCGUGGGAUGUCGGGGUACAACACCAGAUGGGCUAAGUUGAUUCUUCCAAGAUUGAUCACUGAAAGUACUGGUGCUGACAGUAUUGCUGCAGUUACUAUUUUCUUUGGAGCUAAUGACAGUGCUUUGAAAGAGCUGAACCCCAAGCAGCACGUUCCUCUGGAGGAGUACGCCGCCAACCUGAAGGCCAUGGUGCAGUACCUGAAGUCAGUAGACAUCACUGCAGACAAGAUCAUUUUGAUAACACCCCCACCUCUUCAGGAAUCAGCUUGGGAAAAGGCAUGUCUUGCCAAAGGUGACAAACUGAACCGCUGCAAUGCCACCACGGGGCAGUACGCCCAGGCCUGCGUCCAGGUGGCCAAGGAGUGCGGCACGGACGUGCUCGACCUCUGGAGCCUCAUGCAGAAGAACCAGGAUUUCUCCUCCUAUUUGUCUGAUGGCCUUCAUUUAUCAGCGAAAGGCAACAGCUUUGUAGCAGCUCAGCUUUGGUCACGCCUGGAAAACAAACUGUCUGCCCUUCCUUCUCUGCUUCCUUACUGGCGUGACGUGGACCACACGAACCCCGAGGCCAGUCUGCUGUGACAGCCCUGCAGGGGGAGGCGGGGCAGCCACUCCAGGCGGAGCCGGCCCAUUGUGCUGCAGACUGUGUUGUGUCCUCAGGGAACGCGGCACGGGGAGGCCCCAGCAACGCUCUGCUCUGUCCCCUGCUCUUGGGCUGUGGGAGAAUAAAGGUGAGACCACUUGGGUGUGUCCUGA